AAAUUACCAAGGAUAUUUUAGGUAUUCAACCCUAUGGAAAUAGUAAAUAAGUCAACAAAAUAUUUCAUUUAACCGUUCAGUUAAAUGUUGGAAAACAUUGUUGUCAGUUGAAAAUGCCCCUUCCAGCAACGUUGGUUGCUCGACUAGCAAAACGAGGUCUUAUUACAGGAUCCGAUAAGCAGGAGUCAAGAAAAGAAGCAAAAAAGAAAGUUCAUGAAGAGGUUAUAGCCGAAGACUAUGACAAUACAAAAGAGGAAAUCAACCAAAUUGAUCUUGUACAGAAAUUCAUGGGAUACAAUGGUUGUCCAAACAAAUAUAAUAUUUAUCAUGAGUGUAGCAAGAAAUGUAAAGAAAUGUGGGGAACUGGACAUUCACAACCAUCUGAUAAAUACUUGAAACGGCAGAUGAAACUGAUUCAAAAGUAUCCUUUACCAGAAACAUGGAAGGCCAUUUAUGAUCCUGGGUCAGGACAGCAUUAUUAUUGGGAUUGGUCAUCAGAUUUGGUGGCAUGGUUACCGCCUGGUCACCCAAAGUGUCAAAUAUCCCAACCAGCUUCACAAUUAAGAGAAGAAUUGCAUCUUAAAGCAGCUGAUCAGGAUGAUAUGUCCAGUGACGAAAGUGGUAGCGAUCAAGAAGCAAUGGAGGUGGAUGAUGUAGAACUCAAAAAAGAAAAAAAAUUAGAAGUCAAAGAAAGAUACAAGGGACCAGAUAAUCGGAGAGUCCAGAGGUUAGAGAGCGGUAAAGAGAAGAAAGAUCGAACUUUAGAUCCCAUGGAUCCAGCCUCUUACAGCGAUAUUCCAAGAGGUAAAUGGUCCGAUGGCCUAGCGAGACAUAACGAAGCUAAAACUGGUGCCGAUACAACGGCCUCGGGUCCUCUAUACCAAAUGAGGCCAUAUCCAAGUCCUGGUGCAGUUUUACGAUCCAAUAAAGCUAAUAAACAAGAAUCCGAAAGUUCCAGCAAGCCAAAAGUUUCAUUUCCAGAAAAGCCAGAAUAAGACUAGGCGGCACUUCAUAACGAUUUCUUCUAAUUAUGAACGUCGAACCUGGAUUAUAUUUUAAUCACUUAUUUAAAUCAUUGAAACUAUGCACAACUCCUGAAUAGUAACCUGUAAAAAACAUUGUAAAUCAAUCCAUUGCUUAAAUUUAAUCUGGACACGUCAUACAAUUUUUUAAGUUCUUGCGAAACAGAUACAUGUUAUUUAGGAACGUAUGCUUUGCAUACAUUGGAAUAUUCAUGUUAAUUAUUAAAGAGUCAGAAAGUGUACAAUA